AUGGGGCGUGCCCGUGGCAGAGGCGGCGCCGGUGAUGUGGCGACCCCCCUCCGUGCGAACCCCGUGUCUUCCAACCACAAGUGCCACACGCACCUUGUCCGCUUCGAGUCUUGCACUCGCGCCCUCCCCGAGGAGUCCUUCAAGUGCCAGCCGCAGUUCGAGAACUACAUGGAGUGCCUCAACAACACCAAGGCCAACGAGUACAAGAAGCUCGUCGCCGAUCGCAUGCGCUACAUGGAGUCGAAGGGCAUCCCCAUCCCCCCCUACUCCCCGGCCGCCGGCGCCCCCAAGGCCGAGUAA